AUGGCUGCCACGCUGGAACCUGCGGUGGGACGGCGCCACACGACUCACCGUGUCGAGUGGGUUAAGUGUAGCGUAAUUCACAAUGAGGCUGCCGAGUGUUCCGCCAGCGCGCACAGAGAAGUGCCAGAAGCGCAAAACAUCCGCAAUCGCUCCGACGAGUGUCGCCGCACUGUUCGCCCGGAUGUCCACGGCUCCAACGUUUCUGUCACCUGCAUCCAAUGUUUGUGCGCUGCUAAUAUUGUUGUUGCUAUUGUUGUCGUGGUUGUGGCUAUCAUCCCGGGUGUCAUUUUCGUCGUCGCACUCAAUGUCUUCCAGGAUGUUAAAAAAUAA